UUUAUUAUGAUUUAUGCAACUGAUAUUAUACGCAGUUAAGUAGCGUAACAAAUUAAAGCUUGUGUACAUCCGAGUGGAAUUGGAUGUUUUGUCGCACUUUGUUAGUGAAAUAGUAAAAUAAAAUCAAGUGGUUUCUCAACUGUGUUUGCAUAAUUUGUACUAAAAAAGGUUAAAAAAACUAAUGACAGUUGGUGUAGCCGUACCACACAAGUGGAUCUAAACAUAACAUGGAAGAUACGGAAUUGUAUAGAUUAGAAGGUACAAUUGAUAAUGAGGUUGGUGGUUUGGUCAUCACAAAAAAGCCGUCGGAUCACACGUUCAAGAAACCGCAGACUUCCAUACUUGGUCUGGAUAAAUUGGCAGAAAGAAAGCGCCGGGAGAACUCUUUGGAGCCUAAUAAUCUCAAAAAGUCCUCAGACUCUCAAAAUUACAAAGAAAGAAGAUACAGGAGCUAUGCUGAAGAGACUCCCACUCAUACAGGUGGAGUUGAUACACCUACCAGAGAGAAGAUGGAAGCUAGGCUGAAACGUCAGCGGCUGGAUAAACAUUCUAAGGACAAAGAUAAGGAUAGAAGGAGAAAUUCUAGCAGAGAAAAAGGUCACGAUAGAAGUAGAGAUAGGGAUAGAAAUCACUACAGAGACAGGGGAGAUAGAAGUAGCCGCAGAGAUUGGACCCCAAGAUUUUCUGAUGAGCCUCAAACUCCUAAGUAUUAUAAACUGAGGGAUCCAACUUCAAAGUCUAGCUGGGAUGAUGAAGAUGAUAGUGAUACUCCAAGGAGGAGGUCAACUUGGGACUAUCCUACUCCAAAUAUUUAUUCCAAUAGGGAUCCAAGGGAUACAAGCAUAAGAAGUGAAUUCACUCCUUCUUACAAGUUUAAUUCUUGGGCCAAGGAGAGAAAGACCUCUGGAGCUACUCCCAUGAUUGAUGGUGAAGAAAGAGAACUAUGGGAGCAGGAGCAAAAAAGACUCGAUCGUGAAUGGUAUGGGCUAGGUGAUGAUGAUUCCAAACAUUUUGAAGAUGUAUCUGAGGAGUAUUUGCAGAAGAAGGAAGCAGAAUUGGAAGCUAAAAAACGUAAAAGAAUGUCUGCACAGCAACGUCAAAUAAAUAAAGAUAACGAGUUGUGGGAGAGAAACCGAAUGUUAACAUCCGGUGUUGUCAGUUCACUGGACCAUGACGAUGACGUUGACGAUGAAGCAGAAGCUAGAGUUCAUCUUUUGGUGCACAAUGUCAUACCACCGUUUUUGGAUGGACGCAUUGUAUUUACAAAACAACCAGAGCCAGUGAUACCAGUCCGAGAUCCAACAUCUCCGAUGGCUCAGGUUUCCAGGAAGGGCUCAGCUUUGGUGAAAGCUUACCGAGAACAAAAGGAACGGAAACGGGCGCAAAAAAAGCACUGGGAACUUGCAGGGACAAAUCUUGGCAAUAUUAUGGGCGUGCAAGAUGCUCGUAAAAACGACCGUGAAAAACCUGACCAAGAAACAGACUUCAAAGCUGGCCAGAAGUACGCCAACUUUAUCUCCGACGACGGCAAGGUAACAGAGGGAAAGUUCCGAAAGAUACAAGAGUCGAGGCGACGAUUGCCCGUCUUUGCGGUCAGAGAAGAACUUUUAAACGUCAUCCGCGAAAAUAGUGUUGUAAUAAUCGUUGGUGAGACCGGUAGCGGUAAAACCACUCAAUUGACGCAGUACCUCCAUGAGGAGGGAUACACGACAAAUGGUAUGAUCGGUUGCACUCAGCCCAGAAGAGUGGCUGCCAUGUCCGUAGCCAAGAGGGUGUCCGAUGAAAUGGACUCAACCCUAGGAGAAAAAGUUGGCUACGCCAUUCGAUUCGAAGACUGCACGUCCAAGGAAACCGUUAUCAAGUACAUGACUGACGGAAUCUUGCUUCGAGAGAGCUUGCGCGAGGGUGACCUCGAUCGCUACAGCGUCGUCAUCAUGGACGAAGCUCACGAACGUUCUCUCUCCACUGACGUGUUAUUUGGCUUGCUCAGAGAAGUCGUAUCUCGACGCCAUGAUCUCAAACUCAUCGUCACCUCGGCCACGAUGGACUCGGACAAGUUCUCGUCGUUUUUCGGAAACGCUGCCACGUUUAUCAUUCCCGGGCGUACCUUUCCCGUUGACAAAGUUUUUUUCAAAAAUCACGUCGAAGAUUACGUAGAGACGGCUGUCAAGCAGGUAAUGACGAUCCAUUUGCAGCACCGCAUGGGUGACGUCCUGGUGUUCAUGCCCGGUCAAGAAGACAUUGAGGUGACCUGCGAAGUUCUCAAAGAACGCUUGAAUGAAAUCGAAGGCGCGGCACCUCUUUCCAUACUGCCGAUUUACUCACAGCUGCCCUCCGAUCUACAGGCUAAGAUUUUCCAACAGGCAAAAGAAGGCCUGCGCAAGUGCGUCGUGGCCACCAACAUUGCCGAGACUUCGCUCACCGUCGACGGCAUUGUCUUUGUCGUCGACUCUGGCUACUGCAAGCUUAAAGUCUACAAUCCGAGGAUUGGUAUGGACGCACUGCAGAUAUACCCUGUAUCUCAAGCAAACGCAAACCAGAGGGCUGGUCGUGCCGGACGUACAGGGCCAGGCCAGUGCUUCCGUCUCUACACCGAGCGCCAAUACAUGGACGAAUUACUUCCAACUGGAGUGCCUGAAAUCCAGCGUACAAAUCUGGCCAACACAGUAUUGUUAUUGAAAUCACUAGGCGUUCAAGAUCUGCUGGCCUUCCACUUCAUGGAUCCACCACCUCAAGACAAUAUUCUCAACUCGCUUUACCAACUGUGGAUCCUUGGUGCUUUGGACAACACCGGGCGUCUCACGACGCUCGGUAGACAGAUGGCCGAGUUCCCGCUUGAUCCACCCCAGUGUCAGAUGCUGAUUACUGCCUCGAAUCUUGGCUGUACCUCUGAAAUAUUAAUCAUAGUAUCUAUGCUAUCGGUACCGUCCAUAUUUUACCGACCUAAGGGGCGCGAGGAGGACUCGGAUUCCGCUAGAGAAAAGUUUCAGGUACCUGAAUCUGAUCAUCUAACUUUCUUGAACGUUUACAACCAGUGGAAGACAAAUGGGUACAGUAGCAGCUGGUGCACUGAUCAUUUCAUUCACGCCAAGGCAAUGAGAAAGGUCCGAGAAGUACGUCAACAACUGGAAGAAAUCCUGAAACAACAGAAAAUGGAAGUGACAAGCUGUGGUACAGACUGGGACAUUGUCCGCAAAUGCAUCUGUUCGGCCUAUUUCCAUCAAGCCGCACGUCUCAAGGGUAUAGGAGAGUAUGUCAAUCUUCGAACUGGCAUGCCCUGCUCUCUGCAUCCUACUUCAGCCCUCUUUGGCAUGGGUUUCACUCCAGAUUACGUUGUGUACCAUGAGCUCGUGAUGACGGCCAAAGAAUACAUGCAGUGCGUCACUGCAGUAGACGGCUACUGGCUUGCCGAACUUGGACCAAUGUUCUUCAGUGUCAAGGAAACGGGUAAAAACGGCCGAUCGAAGAAACAAGCGCUUCAGCACCUCAACGAGAUGGAAAGCCAAAUGAAGGAAGCCGAGUCGGAAAUCAAAGCGCGUGCACAAGAACAAUUAGAGCGCGAACAGGCAUCGGUUAGAAGACAAGAAAUAUUGACUCCGGGUGUGAGAGAGCCUGGGACCCCAGCGUCGUAUCGGAAAACUCCGAGAACCUUGGGGUUGUAA